GAAGACAGUUGAUAUUGAGGAAGGCGACGGCCGAGAAGUAGAAUAGCUCCUUUUUUGUUAUCAUUUUUCAUUAAACAUUCGAUACCGAUAGUUAUUUUUACUAAUUAUUGUGAUUGUGGGAUUUGUUUAGUUCUCCCAAAGUAUUAUUAUUUAUUUUUGCCCAACGGUUUUCAUUGAUUAAUUUACAUCUUUCCUCCGUAUUCGUAUACUUGCCGUGUAUUACUAAAACAAAAACUUCUUGCCACUUUCUAUGAGUUAACUUUUAAGUAUUUUCAAACCCAAACCCAACCCAGCCACGACAAUAUAAAAUUCUAAUGAAUCUUGCCCUUACUCAUCACAUUGACCUUUUCCAAAAGUGAAAACGCAACUGACCAAACCCUAAAGCUGCUAACAAGUGUGGCACUUGCACUUGGAAGCAUUUCCUAAGUUCCAAAGCAUCUAUCUACGAUAGUAACUAGUUUCUGUAACGGAGAAAGAAAGUAUGAGUCGUCAACGACAACAGUCACAGCAGCACGACCUAGAAUCGGCUAAUGGGUCGCGCCAACAAGAAGAAAUUCCAUUACAACGAAUGAUUUCAGUUCCAGAAGCUGAAGAUCGACAACGAAUCAGACGAAUUUUCGAUAAUCAUGACACCGAUAACGAUGGCUAUCUGGACCUUGCAGAACUUAAGCUUCUCAUUGCCCAAGGACUCUGUCAAGAUAUACCACAAGCUAUGGCACGAAAUAUUGUGGAUGUAUCGGAUGAAGAUAGAAAUGGACGUUUGGAUUUUGAAGAAUUUUACAGACUUUCUGUUAAAAACCGUUGGUUACUAUCGAGUUACAUUCACAACUAUUGUAAAAUGGUUGUGCCGAGACGAGAACAAAUACAAGGUGAUCAAAUUGAUGGAGCUUAUGAAAGGCAAAUGUCAUUUUGUCCGCCACCUCUUACUAUGAUUAUUUUCUCGAUGGUGGAGAUCAUAAUGUUCAUGAUAGAUGUCAUUCAUUUUAAGGACGAUCCAAAACAAUCGCAACACAUUGGAGAGAGUACAAAAGGUCCAGCAGCUACCUUAUUCAUAUUUAAUCCAUAUCGACGAUACGAAGGUUGGCGUUUUGUCAGCUAUAUGUUUGUGCAUGUGGGGAUAAUGCAUCUUUUUAUGAACCUUGUGAUUCAAAUCUUCCUCGGCAUUGCUCUGGAACUAGUCCAUCACUGGUGGCGUGUUGCCCUGGUGUAUUUGGCUGGGGUAUUGGCAGGAUCAAUGGGAACAUCGUUAAGCAGUCCGAAUAUUUAUCUUGCCGGUGCUUCCGGUGGCGUAUAUGCCCUUAUAACAGCUCACAUUGCCACAAUCAUCAUGAACUUUUCAGACAUGGACUACGCAAUAGUACAAUUGUUUGUGUUCCUUAUCUUCUGCUUCACUGAUCUGGGUACCUCGAUAUACCGUCAUCUAAACGAUAAACAUGACCAAAUUGGCUAUGUUGCACAUUUGUCGGGCGCCGUAGCUGGCUUACUCGUUGGCAUAGGUGUAUUGAGAAAUCUUAAAGAACGUCGCUGGGAACGUAUUCUAUGGUGGAUUGCAGUAACUUUCUACUUUGCCCUCAUGCUUGCUGGAAUUAUGUUCCAAAUCUUUUACCCAGAAUAUUUCCCCAAACAAGAACAAUGGAAUGGAAAUAUUUACUAAUUUAUGUAAAACAAGAAACAAACUAUUGCCACAAAUUCAAACGCAACAAUAUUUUUUUAUUUUUUGGUAUGAAUGUGAAAUAUAUUACCACCAAAGUGCCCUUAGAGGUUCAAUUUCAAGUCAUUUGAAUUUUUGUCAGCAUUUACAAACUAUUUAAAUAAAAAAAAAUCAAACAAACAAAAAUGUUACUUAAGAAAACAUGCAAUUUAGCAUAACAAAAAAAAAAACUAUAUGUGUAUGUAUGUAUAUCGAGCUUAAUAUUUUUGUAUUUUAUAUCAUCAGGGCUUAUUUAUAUUUUUUGUACAACUUUUUAUAAUGGUAUUUGUAUUUUUGUACACUUGAAUUUGUAUUAAAAAAAGGCAUUUCUUUACGUCCGUAUUUUUUUAAGUAGACAAUAUAAAUAUUAAGAAAUAAUUAAAGCAAAGAAAAACAAUAAACUUGACUAAAUUAUCGAUUUUAGCUAUAAGAUAAUGUUUACACAAUUUUAUUGAUAAUAUACUAUUUGCAAUUAAUUGAG